AUGCAAGUUCUUAUCCUCGCGGGUACCGGGCCCGAAAGCUGGGGAUCUGGGAUGAGAUCCGAGCGGGAAAUCGCACCCUGGAUGUCGAGAGAUAGCAUCUGCUCGGUAUGGUGGGCCGGCAUGACCAGCUCCCUAUACGAAGACCUUUGCACUUCAACCAAUCGUCUCCACAACGCGUCCAUCUCCGAUGUUUGCAUUGGCAAGUCGCGUGUUGAGAAACUCGGUGCGCUCCACCCUGCGGCGAAGGUUGAAGCUCCUUGA